CGCGGCUUCCGCGUUGCUCUCGCCCAACGGUAUGUACAACCACCUACAAUUAUCUUACAGAGACAAUGAAAAUUCUGCCGUUCUCGUUCGUGAGAGCAACCGGCUUAUUGAUUCUUUGUUGAACCAAGAAACCCAAAACUGGCAGAACAUGCAGACGAAACAGUGCCUUCGGGCUUCGUGCUUCGGGCCCUAAAAACAUCGUUCAAAUAUUACAUAUUUGGGUCGUUCGGUUAACCGCAGCCGGAAGAUGAUUCAUUUUAUCAGUGACGUGCAGUAUGAAUCAUGUCAAGCUCAGACAAAGCCGUGUCGCCAAAAUCGAUCGAAAUUGUUAACAUUCUGGAACUGCUUGAGAAUUAUUUUGCCAUCGCAGAUUCGAAAUGUUGUUUGGAAUUUUGGAUGCUUUACUUCUGGUGAAGUACUCUCUAGAUUUAAAUUUUUUGAUUGUCCCGUUUAAUCACUUUCUACAAAAAUUUUGAUACUUUGUGGAGAAGUUGCGGUAGACGAUUUGAAUUAAGAUCAUCGGGGUGCUUCGUAUACACAAACGGAUCGAAACUUUUUGGAAUUUUUGACUCAUCAUGAACAUUUGACGUCCUUCGCUUCUUUUGAUCUGUUUCCCGGGAUCAGAGAUCAGUUCCGGGACACUUACUUGAGGUGGUCAUCAAUCUGCAUUGUUCGGCUUCCUGUAUUGUUGUGCCAUGAGUACCAAACGAGAUCGCCCUUAUCUCCUCGUGGUUACUGUUCGCACUGGGCGAAAGUUUCCACACCGCCCGACAGAAUCGGUGCGUAUCGACGUCCGCUUUGAUGGCCAGCUGCUGAGCUCGUUGCCCGUUCCGCUCAGUGAAGAGCCGGUCUUCGAUACAGACAUGGCAUUUCGAUUGACGGGCAAGGAGCUGAAAGAUCACAAAGUGCAGAGAACACCCAUUAAGAUCGAAGUGAACCGCGUGAGCAGACGCGGCGAUAGUGUGGAGCGAAUUGGUUAUCAAACUCUGGAUUUACGCUCAUAUGCCGUGGAAGUGGGAAGUCCGCGGUUCGCGUGGUUUCCAUUGUUAGGAGCGCAGGCUAUGCGCGGCAAACCCGAGAUCAAUAUUGGUGUGCAGGUCGACGAGGACGAAGAACUGCAGAACCUGCAAAAUGAAGAGCGUGCUCAGGCAGAAUUUACUCGAAGUGCCAGGAACAAAAACUACUGGAUCACUAAUCAUCCUAUAUUGGUGGAGAAUCCUGACGGUUUAAGCCAUUAUCAAAUUGGCCCUUCUAAAGAUAGCACACAUUUGUUUUCGCUGCGCAUCACGAUAGCAUAUGUUUCCCAUCUGGAUCAGUUUUUUGAGCCGUCGAUUUCAUCGGAAGGUUCGCAAUUUUUUCUCCAUUAUCAGCUCUUUGAUAACCACCUUACAACACAGCCGUUCGAUGAUUUUAAUUCGGCUGAUUUGGUGACCGAGCACGUGGCUUUCCGGUUACGCGCGAAUUUCGAUUUGUUACGGGAAUAUUUUCUGCAUCAAAAGCACACUAAAAUAAGAUUAUGUCAAGGGGAUGGCAAUAUUAUUGCUCAAUCGGAGCUGUCUUUCACCGACUUAUUCCCGCCAGAUCUCCAAGUUUCAUCGUUGCCUUUUACUUUUGAAAAGGAGAUCGGACUGCAUCCUGUUCCUGAUAAUAAAUUUGGAAUCCCUGAAAGUUUGACUUUUCCAGAAGGUCAGACACCGAUCGUGGGAGUUCACGUCGAAAUCGGCAUUUUGCAAAAAAUCGAAUCUUCGGGAUUUUCUCGAACGCUGACACUCGGCGAAGCAAAACCAUUCAUGGAAGAAAUCAACAAGAUGUCGCAAUCACUGCGGCCAAAAUCAGCGAAAACAGUAUCCAGUGCCAACAGCAAAGCACCGCCUCGAUCGAAGAGCACGCACGGUUUUAGUCAACUCACGGAAGACGAAAUGCGAAGCUUUUCUUCGCUUUCGUAUCCCGCUGCUGAAUUACCGGAAGACAGCACGAAACACCGGCACGAACCUAAUCGUGAAACGCCUAAAUAUGUCGAACAACAAGAUCAAAAUAACGAAGCCACCCGGAAAACGGCGGAAAUAACCCGAAAUGAUGAUCAGCGUCACACCUCGCAUAAAUCGUCUUCAACUCAGAUAUCUCCGCCGCCAGUGAUAAUUACUCGGAAAACAGUCGAUGAGCAAGUCGAAACUCAUCCUGAGGUGAAGAUUGUCGGAACACAAACAGCAUUCACGGAUCAAGAUAGUUCUGAUAAUUCAGCCUAUCCUAGCCGGAGAUAUGUCUGCACAAUUUUUCUGUAUAAAAUCCGAGUGAUUUCCCCCAGUUUCCGGUAUUCGUCUCCCGUUUAUUUACGCUAUCAGUAUCCUUUUUUUGGAAGUGCAAUCCCUAUUGUCACUCGACCUCCAGUUGAGAUACACCCUAAUCAGGAUGCCAUCCUAAAUAAUGCGCUAACGCAGUUCACGUUUGCCUGUUCGGAAGCACAGCUGCUCAAAGCGUUUCGAACGGCUCCUGUGUGCAUUGAGGUCUGGAGAAGUGGCGUUGGAGUGCUACAGGAUGAAAUCAUUGGCCAAGCCAAACUGCGGCUGGAUUGGCUGUACAGAGCAGAAACAACAACGUUAUAUGAGAAUGAAAAACCUUAUCUACGGCGCUCAUACGAGACUACGCUGGAAGUGAUAGAUUUGCAAUCGGAGCGUUACCCAAAACUCGCAGAUAUUACGGUAUGCGCGACACUAGACGACUAUGGCGAUCUGCAGCGACAGCUUGUCAAUGCCAUGCCGACACCUGUUGAAUCGCGUAACGAUGGUUAUCGACCGGAAGUGAAUAUUCGGUCUCAGCCUGGUUACGGCAAUCGCGCAAAUGUAGUCGAUCUUGAAAAACAGGCGGCAGUGGAAUUGGAAAUUUGGAAAGACAGAGAAGAGAGAAAGUUUAAAGCUCAGUUAAAAAAACGCGAAGACGAAACACUGCAAAACCUUACUCAAGAGUGGGAGCGUAAAACAAAACAACAAAAAGUUUUUGUCGAGGAUAACCUUCAGAUGAACAAAGCGCUGGAAGACGACUUGAAACGAAUGAUCAUGGAAAACCGAAAAAAGGAAGACGAUUUGAAAGAACGUGAACGCCGGAUUGCCGAAGCCGAGCAGUACCUGAAAUCGGAAAAGACAAGAUUGACUAGAGAUAUCGAAGAAAUGCAGCGGACUGUCCUACAGGAAUAUUCUAAACGACUGGAAUUAGAACGGUCAGCACAGACAUUGCUAAAGGCGGAAAUUAAACAGCAGUCUUCACAAAUUGAUGAGUUGAAGAAGCGUCUGGCCGAGCGUGAGGAAGAGGUUGUUAAACUGAGGGAUGCAGAUCGACAAAAACCAUUGCAGCAACAGGAACUGCAGCAGGAAGUGAACCGGUUAACUCUCGAAAAGAAUGACCUUGAGCGGCGUGUUCAGAGCGAGAUGGAAGCCAAAACUCAUUACAAGCAAGAAUGGGGUAAAGCUUCGAAAGAAGUUGCAAAAAUGCGCGUGCGGUUGGAGUCCGAACACGAAAAACGUCUGGCAGAGAAGGACCGCGAACUCGAACUACUUCGGGCUGAGCUGGCAAAGAAAAAGCAAGCCGGAGGUCGAGAACGAACCACAGAUUUUUCUAGAGAUUAUCAAGUGGACAACGGCAGUGUUGAUUCGGGCCGGAGAAAGGAUAGAUUGGCAAUUCAGUUUGGCGGUGGAGAGCGCAAGCCACGUUAUGAUUAUGCGGAUGAUGUUUCCGAUGCCGAAAACGAUGAGAACACUCAGUUCGACAUGAAACGUUUGGGUCUUUCGGAGAGCGAUUCGGAAAGCGAUGACGAGACCACUUCGAAUCCCGAGAAACGGCUUUUGGAAGCCAUGAACCAAAGAAAUAUGCUUCUCAGCAUGCGCAUUUACAAGUUGACCGACGAUAUCAUUGUGGAUAUCGACAAAAAGAUUGAACGGUUGAGGCGUUUGUGCGACAAAAAUGCGUAAAGGACAAGGAUAACUACUGUAGUUGUGGCGCUCGGAAAGAUGCGAUUCCGUGGAUGUUAGUGACGUUAUAGAACCCCAAUUCUACUCGUAAUUCUCACCACAACUGCCGACGGCUGCUGGACCACAACUCCGCUGCCGGGUGGAGAGGCCAUCACGACGGUAUGGGGAUACGCGGCUCCGGAUGGAGGAGCGGUGGCAGUUACCUUGCUGGUGGUGGGAAGAGGCGCGGCAGCGCUGGCCACAGGACCCGGAGGAGGAGGAGCGCUGGCGGAAGCAGGUGACUGGGACGCUAAGAUAUUCCGCUUAAUUAAGAUGUGCUUUGGAUAGACGUCAUAAAAUUAAGUUUUGAUUAGUUGUUUACCACCGGAUUUAGCAGGAGUGGCGGAGGCACUAGGUUUCAAAUCGACCAUUAUCAGCGUACACCACCGUUACAUGCUAAUGACCGUACAUUUUUCCCCGUCCAGAUCGUGAAUUAUAUUACGUCUAGAACGAACACGUG